AAACUGCCAAGCCGUCAGAACGCCAGAAAGAUACAAGAACACACAAAAUAACAGCUGCUCAAAGACUCAAACGUCGACACUCGGCCAACUCGGCCAGGCCCAACGUUUCACGCCGGUUGUAUACGUCCUUCGGUGCCGGAAAAGUCCACUGACAAGCGCAGCUUUGCGGUCUGUGCGGCGACAUGGCGAGCAAGGUACCCCUCGUGACUCUUUCAUCAGGAUACAAGAUUCCCGCGAUUGGCCUUGGAACUUGGAAGUCUCAAGUAGGUCAAGUGUACGAGGCUGUGAAGACUGCCAUUGAUACUGGGUACCGGCACAUUGAUUGUGCAUUUGCAUACCAAAAUGAAGAAGAAGUAGGAAGAGCAAUUGAAGACAAAAUUAAGGAUGGCACUGUGGAGAGGAAAGACCUUUGGAUCACAGGGAAGUGCUGGAACACAUACCACAGCAGGAGCAAAGUGUUUGAGUGCUGUGAGCUGUCUCUGAAAAAGCUGCGCCUGGAGUACUUUGACCUAUAUCUCAUGCACUGGCCAAUGGGCUACCAGGAAGGUGGUGAUAUGUUUCCUCGUAAUGAAAAUGGAGAUUUCAUCUUUAGUGAUGUGGACUUCCUUGAAACUUGGGCGGCCUUGGAAGAAUGCGUGGAAAAGGGGCUAGCCAAGAGCAUUGGGGUCUGCAACUUCAACAAAGACCAGCUGCUUCGUCUCAUAGAAGCAGCCAAGAUCAAACCGGCUAUGUUACAGAUUGAGUGCCAUCCCUACUUGAACCAGAGUGAACUGAUUGACUUCUGCAAAAAGCAUAACAUCGCUGUUACUGGCUACAGUCCCUUGGGUUCUCCUGAUCGCCCAUGGGCGAAGCCAGGAGACCCACUUCUCAUGGAAGAGCCUGCAAUCAAGGCCAUUGCUGAAGCUCAUGGGAAAACGCCUGCUCAGGUUUUGAUUCGCUAUCAGAUCGAAAGAGGAGUGAUUGUUAUACCAAAAAGUGUGACGAAAGAGAGGAUCAUCUCCAACUUCAAUGUAUUUGACUUCAAGCUCACACCAGAAGAAAUGGACACUAUCAAUGGUUUCAACAGGGACCACAGAUUCCUUGUUCUUUCGUGGAUCAGUGGCCACAAGUACUACCCUUUCAAGGUUUAAGCAUGAGACAGCACCUUUAUUAACCUUACUUGGCUUGUUUGAUAUUAG